AUGGCUGCUAUAACUUCCUCGUGGACGUUCAACGAGACACAGUACGACCUUGAGGUCGAGGACUCUCUCGAUGCGCGUGCGACGAUUCUAACUCGAAUAAACUUCAGCGAGUAUUUUACUGAGGUCUCAAAGAUAGAACUAGUGUGGAUGCAUCCUAAAAACACGAUGUCUUGUCUGUUUAUUGUGAAUCGGUACUUGACCCCCUUGGGUUUUAUUGAGUGUGAUCACUAUGCGCGAUACGAAGGGGUCAUGCUUGCCCUGGCAGUAGAGAUUGCUGAACUUAUGAUGCUCGUGAGAGUAGCUGCACUGUAUAACAACCAUAAGGUGGCGGUUUCUGCUUUAGGUCUCAUUCAUGUCGCGUGGCUGGCGGUAGCAAUUUGGCUGAUGAUUCAUGGCGCACCUGUUAUGCAUACACCGGCUGUUCACUCAAGCUCAACACUCGCUUCCUCAUUUGCAUGGAUCCCUAUGACAUAUGACACGAUCGUUAUCACACUCAUUCUAUGGAGGACAAUACCCGAUCUUUAUGCGAAGGAGAUUAAUACUAUCGGUUCUAUUUGCUACAGGCUUAUGGUCGAUGGUCUGAUUUACUAUAUGUACGUGACGUUCACUCCGCGAAGUCUUUGA